CAUUGCACCUAUAUAAAGCUGACUAAACUUAAUCUCGCUUCAUUCGACAAGCUAUUGUGAAUGAUACAUUACAAAUGAUGCCUUGUGGAGGAGCUGAUCAAGGGGCUGAUGAAAAAAGAAAAGAUCGGAAAAAGUCAUUAACAUCGAAGAUAAAGGAAAACAAAGUAUCUAUCAUCGUUGUACUAGCAGUAUUAUGUGCAGUGAUCAUUUUUAGUGUAGCAGUAACUCAGAAACAAAGUAAAGUACAAGUUCAGACACCAGCUUCUAAAUUUCACCAUGCCUUGUUUUACCUAAAAACAAAGGGUUACAAAGAGUUGGAGGAAAUAACUUAUUUGCAGUGGAUUAAAGAUGAGAACCAGCAAGAAGGCGACAUAGAAUUGAUCAAUGGAACCUAUAUUACUAUACCACAAGAUGGAGUUUAUGACAUAAAAUUUGUAGUACAACUUUAUUUUUCAGAAGAUACACCAGACUUUCAUUUAUUCCUAACUUUGUACACAAAGAAUGAAACAAAGAUUGAAUCUAAGAAAAAGACUUUAGAUUCCUCACAUAUAUCAAAACAUGAGAUAAUAGAAUUAUCAGUUAAAUACAAAUUGAAAGCUAAUGACAGAAUCUUUCUGAAGAUGAACAUGGUAAAAUUCAUCAGCCCUGACAAGCACACAAGCCACCUGUCUAUCACCGUUUUGAAAAUAAAUGAACCUCAAUAGAAUGUGAGUGACAGCACUCUCAUUUUAUUGAGGGUCAUUUAUUUUAAUCCAAUUACCAUGAAAUACCACUGUGCAGUAAAUAAUGACAACGCUCGUUCAGUGCGAGUAUCUUCAUGUUCAAGGUUUUAUUCAGACACACGACAAAUGAAUGUAUACAGUGAGUAUACAGGAUUCAAUAAAGAUUUCUGGGAAGAAGAAAGGUUUUGAACAACUUGCCAUGUUCCAUGAUAACUUUGAGUUAUAGAAAUAAAUAAAGUCACGAGAUUUGCUUCCCACAAUACUAUGAUGAGCUACUGGUGGGAAAUUAGAUAUCGAAUUCAUGUGGCUGGCUCCCUUGUGGUUGCAGUGGAUCUUGAAUGUAUAAUGGGGAUCUUUCCUAACAGCAGUGAUGUUUUUUUUUUGUUUUGUUUUUGUCAUCAAGUUUCUAAUACCUGAGGAAAUACCACAAUCAUCAUAUCAUUAAUGCAGAAACUUUGAGUUUUGUUUGUGAGUUUCUAUAACUAUACCAUGCAAUGUAUAUAUAAAUUAGUAUUGCAUGUUGCAUGUAAAUAUAUAUAUAUAUAUAUGUAUAUGUAUAUGUAUAUGUAUAUAUAUAUAUGUAUGUAUGUGUGGAAGCAC